ACCACGCACUUCCGGGGGCCCAAAGGUUGACGUAGCAACACAGGCAAGAUGGCGGAACGGGCAGUGAGGAUCCCGGAAAGGAUCGAGGAAAUUACCGAACCGGAGGAGUUGGAGAGGCUUUACCAGCAGCUUUGCGAAGAGGAGAGGACUGUGGAAGCUGAACUAGAGUCAUUUGUCAACCAGAAAGGAAGCAUUGCAGCCAAAAUGAUUGCACUGCAGCGCAUGGGGCCCAAUCUGCAACUUAUUGAGGGGGAUGCAAGUCAGCUCUCUGGAAUGAUCAAAUUCACCUGUAACCUGGCAGAAAAUGUCAGCAGCAAAGUGAGGCAACUGGAUCUAGCCAAGAACCGUAUCUAUCAAGCUAUUCAGCGUGCAGAUGAUAUCCUUGAUCUGAAGUUUUGCAUGGAUGGGGUGCAGACAGCUCUACGCAAUGAGGACUAUGAACAGGCUGCUGCCCAUGUUCACCGUUACCUCUCCUUGGACCAGUCUGUUAUUGAGUUGAGCAGGCAAGGUGGAGAAGACAGUAUGUUGGAUACAAACGUAUCCCUUCUGCAAGAGGCAGAGCAACACCUGAAAGUCAUUGUUGCUGAAAAGCUGGACCAGGCUAUCAAGGAGGGUGAUCUGCCUCAAGUAGAACGCUUCUUCAAGAUCUUUCCUUUGUUAGGACUUCAUGAAGAGGGGUUGGGUCGCUUCUCCCAGUAUUUGUGUACUCAGUUGGCUAGUAAAGCAGCUCAAAAUCUGCAACUCGCUAUGGGAAUGGAGCUGAGUGAGACCCGUGCAGCUUUGGUGUUUGCAGAUACACUGACUCUGCUCUUUGAGGGGAUUGCACGUGUGGUGGAGACACAUCAGCCUAUUGUGGAGACUUACUAUGGCCCUGGGCGCCUCUACACUCUUAUCAAGCAUAUACAAGUGGAGUGUGACCGUCAAGCAGAGAAAGUGGUGGAUAAAUUCAUUGAACGAAGAACUUACCAUCGAAAGUUUCAGGUUGUCCAAAACAACAUGAUGAGGAACUCAUCAGAAAGGAUAGAGCCAAGAGAACUUGACCCAAUUCUCACAGAAGUCACUUUGAUGAAUGCGCGUGCUGAACUAUACCUCCGAUUCUUGCGGCGGCGCAUCACCUCGGACUUUGAGGUAGCGGACUCUGCCGCUCCAGAAGGAAUUACUCAGGAGCAUCAAAAGUCGCUGGAGAAGUUACUGAAUGAUUGUCUACUGAGCCGCAACAUGCAAGAGCUAAUUGGUUAUUAUAUAACCAUGGAGGAGUAUUUUAUGAAGGAGACAGUGAACAAGGCAGUAGCAAUGGACACCUAUGAAAAGGGGCAGCUGACCUCCAGUAUGGUUGAUGACUGCUUCUACAUUGUGAAAAAAUGUAUUGGCCGGGCCUUGUCCAGUUCCAGCAUUGAUUGUUUAUGUGCCAUGAUCAACCAUGCCACAUCAGUUCUCGAGUCCGACUUCAGAGAAGUCCUGUUUAACAAAUUGCGUCAGGGUUUUCCAGCUACAACCUUACAGGACAUUCAGAGAGGUGUAAGCAGUGCUGUCAGCUUAAUGCAGAGUAGCUUGCAGCAGGGCAAGUUUGACACCAAAGGCAUUGAGAGCAGUGAAGAGGCAAAGACCUCCUUCCUGGUCACCCUGAACAACGUGGAGAUCUGCAGUGAAAACAUUAUGACUCUGAAAAGAACCCUAGAGAAUGAUUGCGCUAAACUCUUCAGUCAGGGAUCUGGCAAAGGAGACCAAGCUCGUGCCAAGAUUGAUAGCUGCCUUUCAGACCUGGUGGCUGUCUCCAGCAAGUUCAAAGACUUACUGCAGGAAGGCCUUACAGAGCUGAAUACAACUUCCAUCAAGCCACAGGUGAAGCCCUGGAUCACAAGCCUGCUUUCCAUUUCUCACAACAUCGAGGAGGAGGAGUUUAAUGAGUAUGAGGCCAAUGAUCCCUGGGUACAGCAGUUCAUUGUCAGCUUGGAACAGCUCACUACAGAAUUCAAAGCAGGCCUUUCGUCAGUUAUCUAUGAUAAUCUGACCAGUCUGAUAACUAGCCUUAUUGCCACUGAGCUGGAGAAAACAGUCUUCAAAUCUAUCUUUAGCCGGCUGGGUGGACUCCAGUUUGACAAGGAGCUCCGGUCCCUAAUUGCAUACUUGACUACAAUCACCACUUGGACCAUUCGAGACAAGUUUGCACGGCUUACUCAGAUGGCCACCAUAUUAAACCUAGAAAGGGUGACAGAAAUACUGGACUAUUGGGGUCCUAACUCUGGCCCCCUGACAUGGAGAUUGACUCCAGCGGAGGUCAGACAAGUACUGGCACUCAGGAUUGACUUUCGUAGUGAGGACAUAAAGAGGCUAAGACUGUAGGUCAAACGCACCGACUCUUCCUUACCAUGCUACCUUAACCAGUUUGGUAUAUUGGAAUCCUGAUUUAUUUAUUAUAGGGAAGAAAGCAAUGGUUUUACAAAAAA